AAGCAGUUAUAGCGUGUAUGUGAUAACGAGCCUCUUUACCGCACCAAUCAUGGAUUACAUUGAUAAUCGUGUGUGCCCCUGCCGUCGCAUUCGGUGCUCGGUCGUUCAUGUUUAGAAGAGGAGUGUGUAAUACACACUCACAUACCAAUACGGAUUGAACUAAGAAGGAAACAAAUUACAGCGAUUUCAAGCGACACUUACCGACCGAUGGCAAUUUACAUCCCGGACAAUUCGGUGUAUGUGUAAAACAUUGUUUUUCAAUGAUGCACACAAACACUCCACACACACACACAAAAACCAUAACCAUACAAACAACACGGAGAGUGUCAACAGGCACAAACAACGGGCUGUGAAGAGAGAAAAAAAAACGGUCUCAAACCAAAAACAAGACGCACUAAACAGGCGAUACACACAGAAGUGAGAAGAGAGAAAAAAACACACAUGGCAAAAUUUCGCUCUGUAUAUAAGCCCAUGAUCCGUCCAACGCACCUCACAUCGUUCAACGGACACAACCAUUUCAGACCCAUCUGAAAAAGGCACAGUGGAUUAUUAUUUUCAAAGAAUAAGAGAAAUUCGUACGAAAAAGAAAUUUUAAAUCUGGCAAAGAGAGAUUUUUGCAGAGCAUUUACGUUUUUGUCGUUGACAACUAAACAACUAAAUACUAAACACCAAUUUUUUUAAACUCGAAAAAAAAACUAGAACACACAACCAACCACGAUCCACUUUUUAAAUGAAUAGAAUCGCUCAACGAAAAAUUCUUAAAUUUCGAUUAUAUUCAAAGUGCGGAUUUUGCGAACAAUUUUUACACCGUCAAACGCGCCACCGGCAGUGAAUGUGAUACAAUCGAAUCAAUUGCAGUGUGUAAAAACAAAACUGAAAAUCGAGCGAAAAUUUUCAUUUGAAUCGAAUUGAUAUUCUAUCAAAACGGCUUUCAUCAUUGUGAAAGCGACACAAAAUUUACGCACUUUUGUUACAUUUUGUGUCCGAGCUAAAAGUACUGCACCAUCAACCGAAAUCAAAAUGCCAGAACUCAUCGAAAAAGUUGCACCAACGUCAUAUAUGACGUCAAAAUGUACAACAACCAGUAACGUUGGGCUGUACAAUCACAUUCGUGGCUUCCCGGUGUCAAACGGAGAGACGGGUGUUCUAUCGCCAAAAGUGCGUGCAUUCAUUGAGCAAUCGGUGAUGUUGUGUCAACCGGAGCAAAUCCAUAUUUGUGAUGGCAGCAAUCGAGAGUACAAUAUGCUAUUGCGAUUGUUGUACAGCCAAGGCACUAUAACGCCAUUGCCAAAGUAUGAAAAUUGUUGGUUGGCUCGUACAAAUCCGGCCGAUGUAGCUCGUGUCGAAUCGAAGACAUUUAUUUGUACGCCACAUCGUGAAGAUUCAAUUCCAACGGCUAAGGAGAAUGUCGAAGGGAAAUUGGGAAAUUGGAUUUCGGAAAAGGACAUGGAAGCAGCAAUGUUUAAUCGAUUCCCGGGCUGUAUGAGAGGACGUACAAUGUAUGUGGUACCAUUUUCAAUGGGCCCAGUUGGAUCAUCACUUUCGAAAAUUGGCAUCGAAAUCACCGACUCAGCUUAUGUCGUUUGCUCAAUGCGUAUUAUGACCCGAAUGGGUCGUGCUGUUCUGAAUUUACUGCGUGACAAUAGCGAUUUUGUCCGAUGCCUACAUUCGGUUGGCACACCAGCGAGCGGUAAAAUUGAACAACCAUCGUGGCCAUGCGAUCCCGAAAGAACCAUCAUUUUGCAUAAGCCCGCUUCCAAUGAAAUCGUUUCGUAUGGAUCCGGCUAUGGUGGCAAUUCAUUGUUGGGUAAAAAAUGCUUCGCUCUACGCAUUGGCAGCACCAUUGCCAAGAAGGAAGGAUGGCUGGCUGAGCAUAUGCUUAUCUUGGGUAUUACCAAUCCUGAAGGAGAAAAACGAUACAUUGCUGCUGCAUUCCCAUCGGCGUGCGGCAAAACCAAUUUGGCCAUGCUUACACCAUCGCUACCUGGGUACAAGGUUGAAUGCAUCGGUGACGAUAUCGCAUGGAUGAAAUACGAUGAAAAGGGUCAAUUGCGUGCGAUUAAUCCCGAAAAUGGCUUCUUUGGUGUUGCGCCAGGAACGUCAGAUCAAACGAAUCCAAAUGCGAUGAAGACCAUUUUCAAGAAUACACUUUUCACGAAUGUUGCAUCAACAUCCGAUGGUGGUGUAUACUGGGAAGGAAUGGAGAACACUUUAACGGACAAUAUCAGUGUAACCGAUUGGUUGGGCAAGCCAUGGAUUCCAGGUGUAUCAAAAACACCAGCAGCGCAUCCGAAUUCGCGAUUUUGCACGCCAGCCGAACAGUGUCCAAUCAUCGACAAAGACUGGGAGAGUCCAGAUGGUGUUCCAAUCAGUGCCAUUUUAUUUGGUGGACGACGGCCGGCCGGCGUACCACUCGUAUACGAGGCAUUCUCUUGGCAACACGGUAUAUUCGUCGGUGCAACAAUGCGCAGUGAAGCAACAGCCGCUGCCGAACACAAAGGCAAAAUCAUAAUGAACGAUCCAUUCGCAAUGCGUCCAUUCUUCGGUUACAAUUUCGGUUCAUACCUUAAACACUGGCUAACGAUGGAGGCACGAGCCAAUGCACGUGGUGCUCAACCGCCAAAAAUUUUCCACGUCAAUUGGUUCCGAAAGGAUGCCAACGGAAAAUUCCUAUGGCCUGGUUACGGUGAAAAUAUUCGUGUAUUAGAAUGGAUUCUCAAGCGUAUCAACAACGAACCAUGCUACGAAAAAACGCCAAUCGGCUACAUUCCGUCAGAGAAUAGCUUAAACACUGCACAACUCAAGAAAGACAUCAAUAUUGACGAACUGUUCUCGAUACCGAAAGUUUUCUGGCUCAAAGAGGCAGACGAUAUUAAACAAUACUUUGAUGAACAAGUUGGCGGUGAUUUACCCGCUGAAAUUGCUCAUGAAUUGAAUGAAUUGAAAAAACGCAUCGGAUAUUCCGAAUAAGGGGAUCAAUCGGCUGGAUUGGAUCAUGUAGAUUUACAUAAAAUCAUCUAAAUUUUUUUUUGUUAUGAAAAAGAAACCAAAGUCUAAGUAAUUUUAAGCAAUCAUCAAUUUUAAGAAACAAUUUUGUUUAGUUGAAAUUUGAAGAAAGAGAAAAAAGUAUGAAGAAAUGCUUUAACCAUUGAUAAUAAGUUUUUUUUUAUUCAUCCAUAAGUUAUCAAUGUGCGCCAAUCGGCUGCCUUUUCAAAAGAUGCGUCCGACAUAGAGAUCAAGACUAUAUAAAAAAAACGCUAUGAUAGAGCCUAACAAAUAAGACGAAACGAAACAAAGGAAAAAAAAAACAUUGAAAACUUGGACUCUAGACCAACAGACUUUUACUGGUUUGCUCUGUUAUCAGUCGGAGCCAAUUAAUUAAUUCGCUUGCGAAACACAGAUAACACGAAUAUCGAGUAUAUUAGCAUUAAUAUUCAACACAUUUUUAGUCGGUGUGUUUAUAUAAAUUUUAAAUUGAAAACUCCAUGAAAACGAAUCGAUUGAUUCCAAAUAAUGUAGAAUCGAAAAAUGGUGGGAAAUAAAAUGUUAAGUUCAGAAAUGAUUGAAAAAAA